UAAAUUCCAAACUCCUGCUUGUUUGUGUUUCAUUCUUUCAACUCGUGGACAAUCGCUGCAGAUGAGUCAAUGGGAAACCAUCCUUGACCAACAAUCACACAUUUCCCCUGUAAGAUUCAUUCCUCAUAAAGACCAUUCAGCAGAAUGGGUUGAAGAUAUGUUUCGUACUUAUUCUUCUUCAGACGCAUUUCAACAAUCACAACAAGUCCCACUUAUGAACUCAUCUACAGCACAUACCAUGACAACGCUACAACUAAAAAAAAAGCGUAGCAGCUGGCUUUAUCGCUUGGGCAAAAGUUCUAUCAUUAGCAUUAUCAUCAUCGUCAUCGCUGGAUGUUCCUUAUCAAAACAUUGCGACACAUUUGUUAAACACGAUAGAACAACUAUCCAUCAUCAUAAUAAUGUAGACACAUUAUGUCAGUAUUUACAUCUACUGAACGCGGACCAAAUCACAAAAGCAGCGACCGAAACUAUUCUACAAAAUCCAGUACUGAAACCUGCUACUUCAUAUGCAUUGAGUGGUUAUCGUUGGGUUGAGUCCACCAACCUUAGUGAAGCAUCCAAACAAAUAAAGCAAUACUCACAAAAGAAACUGAACGACCACUAUAUACCCUUGCUUAAAAGCCUUUACCAAAGUUACGUUUCUGAUGUCAUUACGCGACUUAUUGAUGAUUACAAACAGCAAUUAAAAGAGUAUAUUGAAAGUGGCUCAUCUAAAUCGCUGUCAAGUGAUGGCCAGUGGGUCAUGAAAGAGAAACAAGACUCAAAAAAGGACAGAAUACGACAGACAGCCAAACGCAUCGUGGAUUAUCUGGAUGAGAAGAGUCGAAAGUCGGCAAUGAGAGGCAUGCACAAAGAGGAAGCCAAAGAAAAAGCACGAGAGAUUAUUCAAAAUUUAAUUCAGAACGGCAAUCAUGAUAAAACGAUCAUUGGAGAUAAUUUCCAUACGGAUAGCAACACCAUUAGUAACGAAGCUGAUUUGCAUUCAUUGGUCGCAAAGGAGAUCCAUUCCAUAUUAGAAUAUGCCGCUGCAGAGAAAGCACAGCUGAUACACCAGCUCAAUUUAAUCCAGGCACAAAUAAAAGAAGCGCCCUCUUCCACGUUAGCCAACGACUACAAUGAUGACAAAAGAGAUGAUGAAGCAGGGAAGGAUGACCUACAACAAAAGCAGCGCUACUUUGUUUUCGCUCUAAAGAAUGAAGUGGAGGUUCUAAGAGCAACGGCAGAAGACAACAUUAGGAAACGGACCAAAUUAUCCUCGGAAAGGGUAGGUACGUUAAUGCAAAAGCACACAGACAACUCCAUUGUCCAACAACAUAUCAUAGAGAACAUUCAAUCGACUCAGAAACUGGCGCUCAAAGAUCUACGACAGACAUAUGUUCAAUUAUAUGAAACGAAAAAGCAAAUUGACCAACAACUGCUUGUGCAGCAAAAAGAGCAGUAAAACGUGCGGUCGGACAACACUGAUUAUCUUAUGUGAGAAAAACAAAUUUCUGCUGAUUCACAUGAAAAAAUUCCCAA